ACAAGGAAUACCGGAUGCUGAAGCAGCAGAGACUGGAACCAGAGCCUGCCCAGUUUAACCCCUCCAUCCAAUCAGCAGCCCAGGAGCCUCCAGCCACAGAGCAGGUGCCGGAUUCCGGCUCUUGGGGCUCACACCUCAACCGGCAACCGAAGGCGCCGCCACGCCGGAGCCCCCGCGUGCCCGAGGCCUUGGUGCAAUCCUAUGGGAUGAAGCUGAAAUCCAAGCUGGGAGCCACUGGGAAGGAGACCCCAUUGACCCCCCGGAGAACCCCAGCUCCCAGGAAGAGCCCGGUGAUUCCCAAGCUCCGGAAGAGCCGCGACGCAGCCACGGUGCCGAUGGAGCCAUCCCUAAGGGAAGAAGCCAAAGCAGAAGAUCUCCUCCUUCCCCCUUCGGUGGCAGGGCUGGCCCCCCUCAUCCUGGCUGCGGGAUCGAAGCCUUCCCAAGCUCCCCAAGCCAGGACAAGGUUCCAGGAGCUGAAGGAGACGCUGGUGCAGACCCUGGGCUCGCUGGAUCCCGCCUGGCUCCAGAGGUGCCAAGGGGCACCCAUGGGUGAAGGGACAAAGCCAGGCCCCAUGCAGGAGGAGGAGCGAGGAGAAGCCGUUGGUGCCCCCCUGAAGCAAGAGGAAGCAAAGGGAGGAGGAGAUACAGGGGGAGAUUCCCAUAGGAAAAGGCCACGUGGGGAUGGGGGACAGGAGGCUCCGGCAAAGCUCCGGCGUUGCCACCAAGGCUCGGCCAAGGGAGCGCUUGGUGCUGGCAAUGGGAGGAAGAAGAAGGAGAGCAAAGAGGAGGAAGAGGAGGAGAAGGAAGAGCAAAAGGAGCUCAGGAAGGUGAUGGAGCCCUUGGAAAACCUCCUGGGAGAGGUGGAGGAGGAGGAGGAGAAGCCCAGAUCCACCCACAAAGUCAUCGCUGCCAGAGCAUUCCCAAAGAGCAGAGGGAAUUUUGUCCGGCUCAACCUGCGCAGUCGAUCCCACGUCCGAGGCUUUGCCCUGCGAGGGAAUCGCCUCCGUAAGCAGAUGUGGAAGCAGAAGUGGCAGAAGAAGGCAAAGUGGUUGGGAGGAGGUGGAUCCAUGGACCGGAGCGCUGACGUCUGCUUCCGUUGUGGUGGGACGGGACACUGGGCAUCGUCGUGCCAAGGCCAAGGAGCUGCCAAGGAGGUGGAGAAGAGCGGCCCUGCUCCGGAGGAAGAGGAGGAGGAGGAAGCUCCAUUGCCCACGUUGGAGGAGGUGGCUCGGAGGACCAACAGCUUCUGCCCAGAGCUCUCUGCAGGGAUUGGAGGCAGCAACGUGGAAAGAUCCAAUGGGAUUCUGGAGGCAACCACUCACCUGGAUGGAUGGAGACCGGUGUAUGAGCCACCAGCUCCACCAGCGCCCAUGGAGCCCCUCUACAGCCUCGGACCAGAGGGGAAGGUGCAAGAGACCCCAAAGGAGGUGUUUGAAGCUCUGAGGGCUUUGGGCUACAGCUCCUUCCGGCCCGGCCAGGAGGUGGCCAUCAUGAGGAUCCUCUCUGGUCUCUCCACCUUGGUGGUGUUGUCCACAGGGAUGGGGAAGUCUCUUUGCUACCAGCUCCCCGCUUACCUCUACCACAAGCGCUCCAAGUGCAUCACCUUGGUCAUCUCCCCUCUGGUGUCCCUCAUGGAUGAUCAGGUCUCAGGACUUCCACGGUGCCUGAAGGCCGUCUGCAUCCACUCCAACAUGCCCAAAUCCCAACGGGAAGCAGCGAUGGAGAAGGUGAUGCAGGGCGACGUGCAGAUCCUGCUGCUGUCCCCGGAAGCUCUGGUUGGUGGUGGUGGAUCCAGAGGUGGAUUCCUGCCCUCUGCAGACCGGCUCCCACCCGUGGCCUUCGCCUGCAUCGAUGAAGCCCAUUGCGUCUCCGAGUGGUCCCACAACUUCCGGCCCUGCUACCUGCGCCUCUGCAAGGUCCUCCGGGAUCGCCUGGGUGUCCGCUGCUUCCUCGGGCUGACGGCGACGGCCACCUUGGCCACGGCGAGGGAUGUGGUCCAGCACCUGGGAAUGCCACCGGAGGAAGGGAUAACGGUGCACUCGGCCGCUGUGCCACCAAACCUGCUCCUCUCCGUCUCCAUGGACAGGGACAGGGAUGAGGCCUUGAUCUCCCUGCUCCAAGGGGAACGUUUUGGCUCCCUGGACUCCAUCAUCGUCUACUGCACGCGGCGGGAGGAGACGGCUCGCAUCGCGGCGCUCAUCCGGACCUGCCUCCAGGGAACCCCGCUCAGGGAUCCACAAGGGGAGGCUGCCCCAGGGAGGAAGGCCAAGGCCAAGAGGAGCCUCCACCACCGCUCCUCAAUGGGCCUGGCCGAUUCCUACCACGCCGGCCUCUCCGCCGCCGAACGGCGCCGCGUCCAGAGCCGCUUCAUGAGCGGCCACCUCCGCGUCGUGGUGGCCACGGUGGCCUUUGGGAUGGGGCUGGAUAAGGCAGACGUGCGUGGGGUGAUCCAUUACAACAUGCCCAAGAGCUUGGAGAGCUACGUGCAGGAGAUCGGCCGCGCCGGGCGCGAUGGGGCCGCCGCUCAUUGCCACCUCUUCCUGGAUCCGGAGGGGGGGGACCUGCACGAGCUGCGGCGUCACAUCUAUGGGGACUCGGUGGACUUUGUCACCGUCAAGAGGCUGGUGCAGAAGGUUUUUGUGCCGUGCAAGUGCCGGGAGCUGCACCAGAAGCACCAAGAGGCCACCAAGGCUGGGGAGGUGGAAGAUGCUGAGCUGGGUGAGCUCCUGCACGAAGAGGUGGGAGAGGAGGAGACCAGGACAAGGCAGAGCUGGCCCCGGGUGUGCUACAAGCACGAGCGAGCCAUCCCCAUCCAACCAACGGUGGAGGCCCUGGACCUGCGUGAGGAAGCUAUCGAGACCCUCCUGUGCUACCUGGAGCUUCACCCACAGCGCUGGUUGGAGGUGCUGCCUCCCACCUACUCCAUGUGCCGGCUCCAGUGCUAUGGAGGACCCCGGCAGCUCCGGGACGUGGCUCGGAGCUCCCCCCCCGUCGCCGUGGUCCUGGCUCGGGAGCGCCUGGAGGGCAAGGAGCACGUCCAGAGCAGCUCCAUGGAGUUCAAUGUGGUCUCCUUGAGCGACUCCAUGGGCUGGGAGGUGGUGCUGGUGAAGCGAGCCCUGCGCCAGCUCCAGUGGGACCCACGGCUGCGGAGAGACGGCCGCACUGCUGGGACCAGCGGGGUCCUGGUGGAGUUUGGAGACCUCUCCUUCCACCUCCGCGUCUACGGCGACCUCAGCGACGAGGAGCUCGAUUCCGUCUGCGACUUCCUCCACCAGAGAGUGGUGGCCAGGGAGAAGAUGGCCCUUGGCCAGCUCCGGGCCUGCUUCCAGGCCUUCCAGAGCGUGGCCUUCCAGACCCAUGGCCCUCACCCUGUGCAUGAGGAAGAGCAGAGGAGCUCCCGCUUGAAGGCUCUGCUCAGUGACUACUUUGAGAAGGAGCAGGUUGAGCGUGGCGAGGAGGAGGAGGAUGAAGAUGAAGAUGAAGGUCUCCAUGGUGCCAACCUGCGGGAUUGGGAGAGCCAGAUCCGCGCCGACAUCCGGCACUUCCUCGACAUCCGCCGGGAUGAGAAGUUCACCGGCAGAGCCAUCGCCAGGAUCUUCCAUGGCAUCGGAAGCCCUUGUUUCCCUGCCCCGAUCUACGGCCGUGACCGGCGCUUCUGGAGGAGGUAUCUCUGCAUGGACUUCCACCAGCUCGCCCGCAUGGCCACCGAGGAGAUCCUGGCCACCAGGUGAGGGCCAGGAGGAGCC